AUGGGAAAAGUAAAGUGGGAUUCCAACGCUGACCAAACUCUCUUGGCCAAAAUCCUUGAGACCCAUGACCUGAGUGUCGAUGCGGCCAGGGUCGCCGAGGCCUGGCCUGCCCAAGACGAUGACCAUAAGCCAACUCCACGUGCCAUUAAGGAGCGUCUCACCAGAAUCAAGGAGAACGUCCGCCAGGGAAACCCCGCCGGCGCCGGGCCUUCUAGCCCAGUGACCCCCAAGAAGCGCACCCCACGCAAGAAGGCGAAUGAAACUCCCACUUCUGCCACCCCUUCCCGCAAGCGCAAGCGUGUUACCAAGGACACUGUGGUCAAUGAGGAUCAGGUUGAUGUCAACGAAGAGGAAGACCUGCCUACCGAGCACACAGAGAUUAUUGCCGAGUCCGCCAUCAAUAAGGAAACCGGUCUUGACGAAAUCGACCCCCUUCUUCACCCGCAGGUCGAGCAAGAAUAUCCUGUUGUUGACCACGGAAAGAAUGAUCCCGAAUGGUCUGGGUACAAUUCGGACGCUGAUUGGGACUCCGACGAGCUGUCCAAGUAG